AGACUAACAGACAAGGAGGGAGGGAGACACAGUCAAAGGAAGAGAUAGACACACUAUCGCAGCUAUGCCCGAAGCCAAGAAGCCAGCUGCCAAGACAGAUAAGGCUGCAGCAGCACCUGCUGAUAAGGAAUUGCCCGAUGAUGAGACUGUCCCAGGGGGGCAGUCCGAGCUGACUGGACUAUUUGUAGAGAGGCCAGAGAGCACUACAGUAAUCAAAGGGAAGAACGUCACAUUUGUGGCUAAAGUGGACUCAUCUGACCUGCUGAGGAAGCCCAACAUGAAAUGGCUGAAAGGGAAGUGGCUGGACCUGGGCAGCAAGGCUGGCAAGCACGUGCAGUUUAAAGAGGCCUAUGACAGGAACUCCAAGGUCUACACAUAUGAGAUGAGCAUCAUCAAAGUAGUGGAAGGAGACGCAGGUGGCUACCGCUGUGAGGUGACCUCCAAAGACAAGUGUGACAGCUGUACAUUUGAAGUCACAGUGGAAGCCGUACAAGAAGAGCAGCCCGCCAACAUCCUGGAUGCCUUCAAGCGAUCGGGAGAUGCAGGAGAGGAUGCAGGUGACCUGGACUUCAGUGCCCUCCUCAAAAAAAGGGAAAAAAAGGCGAGGGACGAGCCCAGUGGCAUGUCAAAUAGCAUAUCGGUAAUAACUGAAUGAAUUAUGAUAAUAACAGACCACUACAUUGAGACAAGCUAAUUGAGAGUAGUAAUAGAGUACCUUAAUAAUAGCUGAAUAUUACAGCUCAGAGAUGAAUUCUUCUUAUCUGUGACAUGAACCUGUCAGUGCAACACACAUAAAACAGUCAUUUACC